UAGAUGAUUAUAGCUAGAUGUCGCCAAUCGCACAUAUACAUCAUCGACAACCACACAUCCUCAUAUUUGUCUUAUCACGUUAAUGCAGUGAUGUGCAUGCGUCUACUGCUGUACGGCAUUCUCCCAUACAUAAUCAGUUGUUAAACACCCGUAGCUAUCUAUGCGCAAUAUCACUCGUUGUGAUAAGAUUCUUUAUACGCCCAACUAGUUAAAAUGCUCUGUAAUUAGCUGCAGGUGUUAUUGGUGAUGAUGAUUAUUCAUAAGAAUUAUAGACGAAAAUAAACAACAGCCUUUUCAACGCGUAUCUUCAAGUCGUGAGUGAGGUUACUGCAAAAGAUCAAUCAUGGCUCAAUGCAAGUUAACCCCACGGGAAUUUAUCAUCAAUGCUUUUUCACCGCAAGUGGCGGCUGUUUGUACGCCCAAUGCCGAGGCUACUUGUCAGAAGAAUAAUUUGACGUUCAUUGAAUUGCUGCAGCCUUUUUGUAGACUUAAUGCAGAAGGUUAUAUAAAAGAUCCCCAAGGAACAACUGUAGCAAUUCGAUCACUGCAAAUAUCUAUCAAGGAUGUAAACUAUUCUCCUCCAGAGCCAAAUUUAGCUAGAAAAUUAUUCAAUGAAUCUGUUACCUCUAUGUAUAGUGAGCGUACCCAUGUUGUUAGAACUGGAAGUAUAGAUUUAGAUAUACCAAUAUCUGUUCCUUGGUUUGAGGCUUGGAGGGACACUUUUCUAAAUGUUCAAUUUCCAUCAGACCAUGAGUUUACAAAACACUUUAUUGCUUGCAUGAUAGUAGUCUCUACAGCAGAUGAAAAUCCACUUGAGAGAGUUCAGCAAAUGGGUGCUCAACUAAAUUUGAGUAUGCCAGGAAAAUUACCAAAAUGGUUUAAUAACAAUUCUCUUAGGUAUUAUAUUUUGAUACAUGAUGCUCUUCAGGAUGACAAGAAAAAAGCAGAAGAUAUUUUUGCUGAAAUGAAAAAUAUAUAUGGAUCCAAUAAUUGUUUUUUCUUACAAAUAAAUUCAAGGCCAUUUUAUAUGUCAGAAAAUAAUACUCAUUUACCAGAUCCCUGGAGCCAAUUUAUCGUCAAACAUCCUGAUUUAACAGGUACUAGUGAUCAGGAUAAUUCACCCCGUACUCCAGCAGAUACUAUGGGUGUUUCUUCUAUGCCUAAUGCUGUGACUACUGAACAAGAAAAAUCGACUAGUCAAGCUGGGACACCAGUUGCACCUAGAAAUUUUCCAUUGCUGACUCCAGACAAAAAUGAAAUCCUCAGUAUCACUUCGGAAUUGUCUAAUUCCCAAAUACAACUCGAGGUCGGUCAAGAAGCAGUGUCGGCUACAACAGCUACAACUUUUCAUCCUUUAAGCCCAGAAAAUGAAUUGCCUACAAACUUCAAUAACAUGGACAAUGUGAGUCAAAGUUUGAAUGCCACCUCUCCAAUAAAUGUGAAUGUUUGGGCUGACACUCCAACACAUGUAGCUCCUCAACAUGGUGCUAGACUUUCAACAGAAGAUCUAGAAAGAUUAAAGUUAAUGAUGUCUGAAUUUUGCUUAAAAAGUUUGUUACCUUAUGUUGAAAGACAAAUACAUUUAUUGAAUGAUCUCAUUUCUAAUAAAAAGGGUGUAAGUAGAUCGUUAUUUAGUGCAACAAAACGCUGGUUUGGAACUAGCAAACCAGGAGUAUCUGGAUCUGUUCCAGCCAAUGCUGUUAUAUAUACUUCAGAAUCUCCAGAACUACAAUUAAGAAGAAUGGGUGAUCUUUGUUUUAUGUUUGGCCAUUAUUCACUGGCCUAUCAUGCAUAUCAUAAUGCAAAACGAGAUUUUGCAGCUGAUCAAGCUUGGAUGUAUUAUGCAGGUGCUUUAGAAAUGGCCGCCUUGAGUGCUUUUAUGAUGGACGAAAUGAUUAGAAAAACAAUUGAAUACAUGGACGAUGCUAUAACAACUUAUUUGAAUACUUGUAAAAUGCCAUCAUUCGCAACAAGAGCAACUCUUUUAAGCGCCGAGUGUUUGAAAAAUCGAGGAUUGUAUGGAGAAGCAGCUAAGCAAUUAAUAAGAAUGACAAGCGAAGAUUCUGAUUUACGUUCAGCAUUAUUAUUAGAACAGGCUGCAUAUUGCUUUAUUUCCCCAAAAAUGGUGAGAAAAUAUGCGUUCCACGCGGUUCUAGCUGGUCAUCGUUUUUCCAAAGCUGGACAAAAGAAACAUUCCUUACGUUGCUAUAAACAAGCAUAUCAGGUAUAUCAUGAUAAAGGGUGGUCAUUAGCAGAAGAUCAUAUUCAUUUUACAAUUGGUAGGCAAGCUGCAGCUUUGAAACAAAUACCAGAGGCUGUUAAAUUCUUUGAAAAGUUAUUAAGUGCGUCAAGUAAACAACCUGCUCUUCAACAAGCAGCAUUUUUAAGAGAAUUUUUAUAUAUUCACAGUCUGCUGGCUCAAGAAUCAAAAAUGUCUGCGACAUCUCUUCCUGCGUUACCUCUACCUUUAAUUGAAGAUAAUCAGAUUAAAGUACUAUUAGGACCUGUAAUCAAACCAGGCAAUAAUAUUGAAUUAGUAAGUCAAAUAUUGUCUUUUAGUCAAGACGCUGAUGAUGUCAGAUGGUCGAAACUUGAAGAAAUUCUGUUAUCAAAAGCGCGAGGAACACCACCUAUGAUUUUUAAACCAACCGUAACGAUUUAUACUAAUACUAGUGACAAUUCUACAAGACCAAAUGCAGUUAUUAAUGAACCAAUCUAUUUAUGUGUAACACUAUCCAAUCCUCUAUUGAUACCACUACCGCUUUCUAAUUUGAAGUUGCUUUGGUCAUUUGAAGACGAAAAAAAUAUUAUAAGCAAUGAAAUGUCUGAAGAGUGUGAAGAAAAUUUGGUCGAAACAUUAAAGAUUGAUAGUGUUACUCUCCAACCUGCGUCUAAGCAAACCGUCGUUUUAGCUCUUAAACCUAAAAGGAUAGGACAAUUGAAGGUUUUAGGUUUAGGAUAUGACCUUUCAAACCCAGUGCAAACACCAGAGCAAUUGUCUACAAACCCUACAACUUUCGUUUCUGGCAAACGUAUAUUUCAAAUUCAGGGUCCUAAAUUGAAAAAUGCUAAAGAAAAACCUGGAAUUUCUCUAUAUGGUGCGGAUUGGAGACUCGAUAUAAAUAUUGUCGAUAGAGGACCAUUUAUGCAGAUAACUAUGACAGCGCUUUCACCAGAGAUGCUCUGUGGUGAACUCCAAUGUAUGGAAGUAGUUUUGAAAAAUAUUGGUAACGCGCCUCUGAAAAAUAUUCAUCUUGGUUCGACAAAUCCAAAAUUAUUUGCGCUUGAAAAUCAGGAACAGGACUUUCAAACAGGGUACAAAAAGAAGAAUGAUGAACUUGUAACUAAAAUCAUACUACCUCCUGAUAAAAAUAACACAUUAAACGUCGGUGACUAUUUCAAAAUGAAUCUUUGGGUUUGUGCUCCACACGCAAAAGGAAAUCAUCGAUUAGAUUUGCUAUUCUAUUAUGAAAAUUCCGAACCAAAAAAUAUAUUGAAGUAUAGACUGAGUCGGCAUAGUUGGCAUUUGACAGUUUUAGGUUCUAUAAAUUGGAGUGCGAUGGCUCGUAGAAGUGCAAUAAGUGAAAACAACUUUUCAUUGUUGAAUUUAUUUUUACAAGUUAAAAAUUCAAAUCAAGUUCACGAUCCUUUUAUGAAUGAAAUAGAGUUAGUAAAUAUAGCUUUCCAAAGUGAUUCUUGGACACUAAUGAGUAGAAAUAAUACUUAUAAUGACGUCAAAGUACAGCCUCAAGAAAUGGUACAUUUCUUGUUAAAACUUUCAAAGAGAAACCCAGAUAGUCCCAUAUUUUCUAAUGUUUGUUUAUCUACAAACACACUAGACUCAGCAAGCAAUAUACCGUAUCAGAAUUUUAUAAAAAAACGUCACAUAACUCCUUUAGAUGCUAAUGAUACUCAAAGUGAUAUUCAACAAUCAAAACCGCAAGUUGACGAUCCAAUUGCUUUCACAAUGAAGCUGGAUUCGACAGUAAUACUCAGGUGGAAAGCCAAAGUAACUGAAGGUGGUGCGGUUAUUCGUAACGCAGUUGGACAACAUUACAUUGAUUUAAAUUAUUUGAAUAAAUCGUACAACCAUCCUCCAAAAAAAAUAAUUGAACCAAUCGAGUACUCCGGGCAGCUUAAAAUUUUUGGACCUGACAUUAAUAUACCAGAUGCUCAAGCUCUUAACAAAAAAGAGCAGUACUCAGAAUUGGAAUGUCAGAAAAAUUUGAUUUGGUUUUACUUGCAGCAUUCCAAGGAAGUAAUGCAUAACUUUGCUCAAAGUCGUAUAUGUGCCGUACCUGUCAUUAUGAUUAUGCAAAAUAAUUCGCAAUCUGAUGUUGAUGUUCGAGUAAAUACCAUUGGAACCAGCAGUCAAAAUACUUUGCCAAAUAUUAAAACCCAUCUCCAUUCAUCGCAAGCUUUGACAUCAUUCCGUUAUGCUGGUCAAACGUCAUUUGUGCGUCGAUUGGAACCGUGCAGCCGACAAGAAAUUAAAUUACAAGCCAUUCUUUCUGCCCCAGGAAGCUAUGAUUUAUCAUCUAGAAUAGAAAUCUCUUCCAAAAUUGUGAAUAAAAUAAAUUAUGUAAUGCAGAAAUGGAAAAUGGAAAGCGUGUGCAUUGUUAGUAACAGUUCGAUAUCAACGGAUUGAAACGUUUUUGAAAUGUUUUCAAGAAGAUGGCUUAUGAUUAUCGAGUAUUAAUUAAAAUGUGUGUAAUAAGCAAAUAAGUUUUGAAAGAACUCAUAUAAUAAACCGAUAUUUAUAUUACAUAUAGGCACGAGGAAGUAAUAUCAUUUGGAGUUAAGUAUGUAUCAUACACGUAGUGUAGUGCCUUACAAUAUCAUGUAAAUUCCUGAGAUAUAGGUAAGUUUUUAUCAUGCGCUGGGAUUCAAUCCUGCAAGGUGCUUCAAUUUAAAUUAUAAUUACAAACUGUAAAUUUCUCACUAUUUAGAAAAAGCCAUUAACACGAAAACAUUUGUAUGAAUGAUGAACUAUUAAUUUUUUGUAAUGUUACGGUGUAAGUAUGUACCUCUAGUAAUAUUUUGUAGUUAAUAAAGAAUAUUAUUGUAUAUAUGUUUGAAAGACUUAUCGUACACAAACGAAUGAUUUUGUAUGUACU